AUGAAUUCUCAUUCUGGAACUCUCACGGUAUUCUCUUUUUUAGUUGAACGUAAUUUUGGGCUUUUCGAAAUUAAAAGUUACGAAUCAUAUUCUGGAGAAGAAUAAAAUAAAUUAAUUUCAGGUCAUUCACUUUAUUUUGACAACUAGCAUGUUCAAAUCAGUUAUCCUUUUGAUUUGAUUUAUCAGUCAAACUUUUAAUUGAUUAAUAACCUAAAUAAUGAAGAAAUUCUGUAAUGCCCAAAUAUUAUUUUUUAGAGAAAACCCAAUUAAUCAUCCUAUUUCAAGUAAUAUAAUUUCCUAAUUGCUAUAAAUUGACUAAAGCUCCCCUCUAAUUUUCUAAUCACUAUAAAUUGACUAAAGCCUUCCUCCAAACGAUACGCAAAGCAUAUUAUUAUAGGAAAGUACAAAGAAGAAUAUUUUAGGCUAAUAAUGGACGUCCUACAAAUGAAUUUGCAUCUGAACGAGUUAAUCCUAUUUUAGAAGACGAACUAUUUUCCCAAUCACCCAGUGGCCAAAGACCUCUUCCUUAAGACACACAAAGUAUAUAAAUGAAGGAAUAAAGAUCAAAAGUCUUUUUUUUAGAUGAUAAUGGCUAAAUUUUCAAUGAAUUCUUAAGCAUAAACACUAGUUCUUCAUGA